AUGGUGGGUAUCCCAGGUCGAUCCAAGGGAUGUAAGACAUGCAGGCGGCGGAAGAUCGGGUGCGACCUGCAAGAACCACAAUGCGGACAAUGCAAGAAAAGCGGCCGUCACUGUGAGGGCUUCGACAAGGAUAUUGCCUUCAUCCACCGGACGCCUCAGGGACUGCUUCGCAAAGGCCAAGAACAGUGCCAAGGGCCUGCUCCUUGGGAGACUUCAUGCGGGGCGAACUCUACGUCGACGAAGCAAAUACCCCCACAGAUCAACAACGCGGCGAUCUAUGUUGAUGGCAUGCUCCAUACAUUCCUAGUCGCUUUUCUACCCUCUUCACCGAUUCUACCUCUCAGCCAUCACUCCAACAUCACCGUGCCCCCUGCACCAUGGAUGCGGAUCGCCAUUGCUCUCCCUAGGCGCGGCCCUCUUCUCUCCACCGCCCUGCAGGCUCUGUGUAUGACCAAAAUUGCGCGAGCCCACGGCGACCAGGCAUUACUGAUGCAAGGCAUGGCCGCACAUACACAGGCUCUGCGAGCGUUGCAAAAUGCGAUCAAUGACAGAAAUACAGCACUGACGGAUGAAACGCUGGCCGCGAUACGGGUUUUAGGGACGUAUGAGCUGCAUGAGGGCACGAUGGGAAGUGUCGUCGGCUGGACGAGUCAUGAGGAAGGGGUCGACCAGUUGGUGCAGUUGAGAGGAUUCAACUCCAGUCAGUAUGAGAGCGAGUUGGGCCAGGCACUGUUUGGGGAAGUUAGGAGGAGCGCGAUGAUCCGAGGUCUUCAAUUCUUCAAAGGUUCCUUCUUUAGCGAAACGCGCUGGUGCAUCGAGCCCUGGGGGACCAAGCCAAAAGACUACGUCCAGCAACUCUACGAUAUUGGGCUGCUUCUUCCACCCAUCCUUGAAGAGCUCCACACAAUCCAAAGCCUGCCCAACGCCCCGCGCCGGGCACAGAUCUGGCAAAGGUGCCAGCACCUAGAGGAUCGCUUCAGUGCCUGGCAUGCCCGCCUCCUAACCCUUUUCCCUACCCCCCCAUACUGGGAAGAGCCGGCUGAGCUGAUGGACCGCUCCAGCGACAUCCGGCCAGGCCCGUUUGAGGCUUCGUUUGACUUCCUCAACAUCCACGUCGCCGACAGCCUGGAUUUCUUCUGGGCCUUGCGCAUCCUCUUGCACACCGUCCUGCGUCGCCUCUCAGGUGCGCCCGAACAAAGCGAUGCGAUCAUUGGGGCCUGUGCUUGCAAUAUCGCCAGGUCGGUCCCGUAUUUCACACAGCCGAAGUGUGGGUUUUUGGGCGUGCAGUGGUUGAUCUUUCCGUUAAAGACGGCCUUCUCGGCAUUUCGGCAAAUGGGAUGGGAGAUUGAAUGGGAGUGGAGUAGGGGAGUACUAGUAGCCAUGAAGAAUAGGGGAAUCUCUUAUGGAGGCGAUAUUGUGGACGCUCAGUGGGGGGAGCGGGUUCGAUGA